UGUUGGGUGAAUUGGAUAGGUUUGGUUUAUUGCUUUGAAUUCCUAUUUAAUUUAAUUAAGAUUUGUAUUGAUAUUGUAUAUAAUUGUUGGAUUUCGAUUAUAUGUAUGAAUUUGGACUCUCAGCCAAUAUAAUUUAUAGCUGAAAAGUUUCAGGAAGCUAAGGGAAAAGAAGAAAUUUAUAUAGAUAUUAUCAUGUAUGUGACAAGGCCUCUAUCUCACUACCAGAAAUCUCCUGAGUCUCUGAAAGUGCCACCUGAGGGUCCAAAUUCAGGUUUCUUAGUCCUUCAAGAUGUGGAAAUUAAAAGGUACACCUGCUUUGGACUCUGCAAAUGUAUUUAUCUUGAAGACUUGCCUUUCCCUCAGAACAAGAAGCUUGAGCUUUUCAAUGUCGAAGAUGGUUGUUAUCCUAUUUUACUCAUUCCUGUUCUUGGUCAGCCACUGUCUUCAAAUCGUUACUAUGCAAUAAAGCCCGAUGGUUAUGAGAAAGGUGAAGCAUUUACUUGUUCAAGAGUCUCAGACAUGGUCAUUUGCUGUUUCCUUAGAUGGGUUAGGGAUGUUAGACCAAAACCAUUGGAUCCGCACAACAUCUAUCAGCAGUUUGAGAUUUCUCCUCGCGGUGGCAAAGGUAGCUUUGAUGUCAACUCCGUGGCACCUGAUGGUGUCCCUCCUUACUUUUUGAUGGCGCAAGGUUGGAACAUUUUGGACAAAACCUCCGAAAGCUACAGAUUAGGAAAAGCUUCGGGCCUCAAUGUUUCCUUGCGCAAGCGCCUACCCGAGUUAAACUUCCCUCCAUCAAGUACAAGCUCUGAAGCUGUUGUUGUAGGGAAGUGGUACUGUCCUUUCGUGUUCAUCAAGGACGAAACGAUUAAGGAUCAGAUGGAAAGAUCAGUGUUCUACGAGAUGACACUCGAACAGAGAUGGGAGCAAAUCUUCACUUGCCAGAAUAAUGACAGAAAUGAAGGAAUUAGCACUAUACUAGUGGGUACUGUUCUUGACAGGGAAGAAGUACUUAUUUCUGGGAGCAAAGCAAAAUGGGACGAAAGAAAUAUUGAGAACGGGGUGAUAUGGUUUAAACCGUUCAACGCAGAAACAGAAGAAACAAGUGUGGGGUUGAGGCAAGAAAUUGUUGAACAGAUGAAAUGGGAGCAAGAAAGAGGAGGAUGGUCAGGUGGGGAGAAGGAAUUGAAGGUGAAAAGAAGAGAAGAGUGUGGACAGUUAGGUGGGUGGAGAGAAUUUGGUUGCUAUAUAUUGGUGGAGAGGUUUGUGUUGAAAAGAAUGGAUGGAAGUUUGGUCAUGACAUACAGUUUCAGGCACGGUGAUAAGAUUAAGAGCAUAUGGGUGUGACACUAAGCUUAUACCGCCCAUUUUCAUAU